AAAUUUUCAUUUACUUAUUCAUAUGCUACUACAUCAUUCGAAGUUGGGUUUACUUGAUUUUUGUUAAUUUAAUGGCUCCAUUCUAUUAUUAAUAUGCAAUUAUAAUUUAUCAUUACGAGCAUAAUAGGAGAUGUAGUCGUAAGCAUGAGUCCAUGCAACAAUCUAGUUGUAAAAAACUGAAAAAGAAAAAGAAAAAAAGGGUUGUUGGAUGAAUAAUAUAACCUAGAUUCUAGUUAAUUAUUGUUGAGUGGAAUGCUGGAGUUGGAGAAGAGAAGAGAAUGAAAAAUAUAAUAGUAGUAGUAAGUAGGUUUGGUAGGCUGGAGAGGGUGACAGGCAGGCAGGCAGCAUUGUUCUAAUCUUCUCUUUCCCUUCCAAUUUAUCAUUCAUAAUUGUCUUCGACUUUCUCUUUCCUUUCUCACUGCAACUUUCACCUGAGCCCUAGACCAUCUUAAUUUCCCCCCUUUCUACUUCAAUUCAAUCCUCUCUCUUUCCCAAUUUUGAAUUAUAUUCUCUUUUUUCGCUACUCUAAUCCAAACCCUCUUACUCACGCCCCUUUUCGUACUGAUGGUCUGAAUUCUGUGGUAAAGCCUUCAGCUUUCUCUGUUUAGGGGAAAUUCCUACCCGCCGCCCCAGCUCAUUAACUUCUUUCAUUUCAUCAACGGACUACGGAAACGGGAACUAGGGCACAAAUGGCUAACCCGGAGUUACGGAUGAACCCUCAAAUGGAGCAGAUCCAUGGCGAAAUUCGCGACAUCAUGCGUGCACUCGCAAAUGGCUUCCAAAAGCUGGAUAAGAUCAAAGACUCAACUAGACAAAGUAAACAGCUGGAGGAGCUUACAGGGAAGAUGAGAGAGUGCAAAAGAUUGGUUAAAGAAUUUGAUCGCGAAAUUAAAGAUGAGGAAAGCAGAAAUCCUCCAGAGGUGACCAAGCAGCUUAAUGAUGAGAAGCAAUCCAUGAUCAAAGAGUUGAAUUCAUAUGUAGCCUUGAGGAAGACCUACAUGAGCACAUAUGGGAACAAGAGAGUUGAACUUUUUGAUAUGGGAAUUGGUGCCAGUGAUCCCACAGCUGAAGAAAAUGUAGUAGUUGCAUCAGAAAUGUCAAAUCAGCAGCUUAUUGAUGCUGGAAUGAAGUCAAUGGAUGAAACGGACCAAGCCAUUGAGCGCUCCAAACAGGUUGUUCACAAAACUAUUGAAGUGGGAACGCAAACUGCUACUACUUUGAAAGGCCAAACUGAACAAAUGGGUCGUGUAGUCAAUGAACUGGAUACAAUCCAAUUCUCCAUCAAAAAAGCUUCACAACUUGUAAAAGAGAUUGGCAGACAGGUGGCUACUGACAAAUGCAUCAUGCUGUUCCUUUUUCUGAUUGUAUGUGGGGUUAUUUCCAUAAUCGUUGUGAAGAUUGUGAAUCCCAACAACAAAAGCAUAAGGGAUAUUCCCGGACUGGCUCCACCUGCUCCUACAACAAGAAGAUUGUUGCAUGUAAAGCCGGCAGAAUUUUUUGAGUAGAAAAUCGACAUCUCAGAGCAGUACAGAUUAUUGAGAUCCUGGUGUAUUUUCUUUAUGAGGUGGGUGCUUGAGUUGUGCAUAUGAGUGAGUGACUUGUUUGUGUAAAUUGUGGUGGUGGUUUGCCUUGGCAUUUCACUUGUACUUGUUCCCUUGUGUUGAUUGGUGUGAAUGGCAUUGCCAUUAUUCUUGGUGUAAACAUUUUGGGAGAGAAAAGUUGCCUGUGUUAGCCAUCCCAUAAUCCUAAACUAACAAUUUAAUUAAUUUCGGUUUUAUGAAAUCAUCGUCACACUUCAUUGAGCAUCA